UUUUCUAUGUGCCGCGCGUUGUUUGUAUACCACCGGUCAGCGCAGACGUGCCGGCUGGAUUCUCCUGGAGAGAGGAUUUUAUUUUCCUCUUUUCAACAAUCUGUGGCCCACUGAAAGAAAGCUUGACUUUAGAGACAACCAAGAUGGAAUUUAACUGAUCGAGAAGCAUCCCGCAAAAGGAGGCUCAUAGAUCCCAAGAUGGUCAAGCGAAAAAGUUGCAACGACGACCCGAAAAUUCUGGCCCGGUCAGUGCCGUUGCCGCUGCAGAUUUUCUUGUGGAGACAGACGAGCCCUUUCAUUCGACCAAAGCUAGGCAGACUCUACGAAGCCAGUUGUGUUUCCUUUGAAAGAGUCCUUGUGGAAAACAAGUUGCACGGCUUGUCUCCAAGUCUUUCUGACGCAAUCAACAGCAUCACAAGAUGGCAGCUGAUCCAAGCCUCCUUGCCUCACCUCAUGCACUGCUCUGCCGCCCUCCUAAGCAAUCGUGCCAAGCUGGGUCAUGCCGACAAACUGGGUGUUGCAGAGACCAAAUUGCUGCUGACUCUUCAUUGGGUGCUUCUAGAGUCCUUGGAGGAGUGCAUGCAGGAGGACAGCACCCAGUUGGACUUCCUCCGACUUCCUGGCAACUCAGAGCAUGGACUGACCACCAUUCAGCUCUUUGUGUACCUCUUUGCUCCACUUGUGUAUACCAUCAAGGAAUCAGAUCUGACAUUCCGCCUAGGCAAUGGAUUGAAGCUUUGGCGGUCAUUGUGGGACCAUAAACUCCCAGAUAUAUCAAGUUUUGCUGCCCAUGUAAAGCCCAAACGCUGCUACCGGUUAGCAAACCGUCGAAUCUGGAAGGAUCCUGAAAUGACCAGCAAAAUGGAAGAGGAGAAGGAAGAAGUGGAGGAGGAGCAGAAACAAGAGCAGGAGGAGGAGAAGAUAACAGAGGAGCCACCCAAGGCAGAGGAAGCCCCUCCAGAGUCACCUCCAGGAAACAUAGUCCCGUUAGCAGAUAUCUCAGAAGUCAGUCGAUUCAGCAGUGGGGCAGUGACCCCUGACCCACCCUCAGUUAAUGUGGAGAUAGUCUGUGAGGUAUGCAACACAACGGUGACUCAUAAUAACACCUGCCGAUGUGGGAACCUUAAGGUUACUGGGGAAAUGGCCGCCAAGACCAGAUUUGAUUUUGAACAGAUGAGUUCUUCGAGCUCUGAGGAUGAGACCAAGCCACUGAAACCAAAUAGAGCCAAGGAACGUCCCAAGUCUCUCAUUGAAAGGAGCAUUCUUCCGCUCCAUGAGGGAAUCGAUCAUGCUGAACUUGUUGCCUCACUCUCUGUCCCAAGACCUCCUCCACCAUCAACCAGCCCAAUGGAGUUACCGAAACGGAGACUUCCACAGAGGAUCAAUGAUGUCUUCUCUGCCACAUAUUUUGAUGUGGGUGUCAUGCGGUGCCUGUUCAUUCCCCACUGGGCAGAAGAGGGGGUCCAAUGGGCUCUUAUGUAUCUCCUGAACAGACUACGGCAGAUUGCUGAUGAAACCAUGGCAGCUGAGAGGGUCCGACAAAGAAGUAACUCCUCUCCUAUUCCCCAAAUCACCAUAUCAUUGUUCUCGCCUGCACCUGGACCGCCAAAGAAAUUCUCAGUCCCAAUGAGCUGUAUGGGUGGCUCUGAGCCAUCCAGGGAUGAAGGAAGGCACAGGGACUCCUACCCACUGGUUGGAUCUCCCAAAAAGAUGAAAUUUGAGAGGGUUGAGCCAUUACCACUGCGGAAGAUCAGUCCACCGAAGAGAUCCAGUCUGGGAGACCAGGGACGUGGGAACAAAGCUCAUAGAAAGCUGAGACGCACAUCAAGUCUGUCUAAGACAGUGGGUGCAUUGAUGCCCAAACUCAUCAAGGAGGAGAUAGAAGAGGGCAAGACAGGCUCUGGGAGUGAUGAACAAAUAGUACAAACUGUUGAUUCACCAACCAAAAAGAUACCAACACUUGGUGAGGUACCCAAGAGCUCUAGUGCAGGAACGCCUAAGCUGGAACCCUUUAAAUUCAAAAUUGAUGUAGUUCAGCUGAAGACAGUACCAGCCUUGAUGAGUCCUGAGGAGCUCACAAGAUCAGCUUCUCCGUCAACACCCCCUUUGUACUCAACAGGCUCAUUGGAUUCCAAAAGACCCUUCAUAGGCACUACUACAACAUCUCCAUCCUACGUCUCAAGGCCCACGGCACUUCCAUAUCAACAAAGCUUCUCAGCUACUGCUACAAAAUUGCCAUCAUUUGUCCAAGUAUCUGCAGAUGCUGCACAUAGACCGACUGUGGUGACAACCCAGACGCGACCUUUUGGGGCAACGUCCAAGGUGUCCCCAAUGGUUAUCCCACCUAUCAAAACAGAGAAGUCAUCAACCUGUUUCACGGUCACCAAAACUACCACAAAUGUGCAAUCCACGUCUGUCAUGACAGCCAAAGCAGAUUUCUUCUCGGAGCACACCAACUCCACUUCCACAAGGUCGGAGAAACUGUACGAACGCCGUGCCAUGAAAUCAGAGAAGAAUUUGAUAACCCUCCACAAACCAGUCUCCGUUGAGGUGCAUGAGAAGCCACUACUCAUUUUUGACGAGCCGAUCAAAAUUGAACCGCAACCUGCCAAAGUUAUUCAUAAGGCCAAUGUAGUCCAGCACAAAGCCCCUGUGGUGGUGAAUCGCCCGAUGCUCCAGCGACAGUCGCCAGUCUUUGAAGCGCCCCCUCAAGCCCUUGAUGCAGUCCCCACUAACGACACGGGAGUCACCUUUGAGGUUGCCAAACCACUCAUUACCCCCAUUGUUAUGACAAACUCUAAAUCUCCACCUCCCUCCCCUGUGGAAUUUUCCCCACUUCCUGAGAAAUCACCAUCGUCUGUCAGCUCAGCAUCUCUUCUCAUCCCUCUCUCCGAGGACCUGAGUGAACCACCUCCUCCCCAGUCACCUUUGUCGCCAGACCGGCCACCUCAUCAUGACUCUUGCUCUAACAUGUCCAGGCUAGACAUCCCUACCUUCUUGCCCCGUAGCGCAUCGGAUACCUUUGUCAACUACCACACCGCUGAAGAGGAAGAGAUCACAGAGGCAGCUGGCUCUACUUACUACAUCCAAGAGGAUGGACAGAUGAAUUAUAGUGUUAUCAUCAAGGCACUUCACAAGAUCAUCACCAAGGAGACCAGUGCUAAGGUCUGCGACACCUCCUUACACAUCAUUGAGACCAUCCUGGAGUUCCGUGUGGUCAAGCAGAGUGAGAAGCCCUCCCAGGCUAAGAUCCCGGUCAUCAAGGUGGAAGGAGAGAAGGUCAAGGCACCCGACAAGGAUGGGGAAGGGGACGUAGCAUCUAAGAGCCUUGAGGAUAUGACAGUGCAUAACCUGGUCAUGGAGACACUCAUUCAGGUGUUUCGUGCUCUUGGAUGUCAUCAUGGAUGUGGUGAGGGACUGCGGGGACAUUCAGGUGACAAGCUUCGGUUGAUGGGCCAGCAAUGCCUGAACCGUAUGUUCAAGAUUGACCCGUCCCAGUUCCGUCGCUACCUUCGCUUCAUGAUCAGCACCCAUCCCUUAGAGAACAUUCUGGACUUUCUGCAUGCCUUGCUGGGCUUCUGUGAAGACCCAGUCAUCAGGAUACCACACAGACCAGGCUCUCCUUUCUACAACGCAGGGCCCAGCACCGGUCCCAAUGAGGGUAUCGCACGGGGUGGCUUUGCGACCAACUUUGGCAGCGGUGUGGCAGGCACCGGAGUGCGGGGAAUUGAGGGGACCAUAGUGGGUAGCAUCUUCAAGGCUAUGGUCACUAGACUGGCCAAUUCAAGGGAGGAGCUCAACGCCCCAGAGAACUCGUCGCUGUACAGUGACGCUCGCCAGCUUCUUCAUUACAUCCGAGAGGCCCACGGUGGGGUGUUCAGGAGGGUCGCUCUGAGUGGACUGAUUGACUCCUCAGGAAAGGGGCAGGAUGAAAAAGAUAAAGACAAAACGGGCAAAGUUGGUUUCAGUGAGACCAAGUCAGACUCGGAUAAAAACCUGCCCAACCCUCCCGGCAAAGACGGUGGGGAAGGGGGUGACGUGAGCCCAGGCACACGCCUGCGCAGACAUCUGUUCAAGAAGAAAUUCCGCAGCACAGACUGCGCACUCGAUGAUGAGAGGCUAGCUGAAGGGGCUGGUGGAAAGAGACGCUUCAGUGUCUUCCAGUUUGCCCAAGCUGUGACGACAUGGCGCAAUCGAGCGAUCCGUUCCAAUCUGGGAUCAGAGGAUGGUCCUGAGCUACCAGAACCCACCGAGACCACACCCAGGGCCAAGAAGGUGCAUAUGGACACAGGCGGUGUGUAUGGCAGCCGCAAGAAAGUGGAGGACCAUUCCUUCUUUCUCAAGUUUCGGAAAAAGAGCAAGCGAGACCCAUCAUCCACGGAAGAGAGAGAUGACUGCGAGACACCAAGAUCAAUGGAGGACGAAGAAGAAAUGGCCUCAGACUCAUUGGACAUGACUACAGAGAAGGAGAAGAGACCAGUCGAUAGGAUCGUCAUUGCUGCAGGGAUGAAGAGGCUGAAUCUACUGAUGGAUUGCUGCAAUCCUGGAACCGUUCCAGAUGCUGAGUUCCUAGCAGCUGCAUUGGAUCUGAAUGCCCCUGUGGUAGCCAGGGCAGCCCUGCUCCUUGAGUGCUGUCAUUUUGUCUACCGCUGUAACCACGGCGAUUGGCCGGAAUGGAUGAAGAGUGGCCGCGGCUACCAGCGAGGCCGUGUGUCCAGUAACGUCAUGAGCACCCGCAAUAUGGGCUCGUGUUACAGGAAGAAUGCCUCCAUGCAACGCAUGGCCUCCAAGAUGUUCUACCUCUGGGCCGAGGCCAUUGGUGCACGUCUUGAGGAGAUUGAACGUCAGGAAGCUAAAGACCUCACCAUAGUCAUCGGCAAAAUCAAGGAUGAGAGCGUCAAACGUAGACUGCGACAGCAAGAUGACCAGGAAGAUUUCCUGGAUGAAGCCACCGUGAAUCCCAGUGGAACAGCUUGCCCUCAUGCCCUGAAAAUGGUGGCCUGCCAGCUGCUUCUAGAGAUUACGUCUUUCCUGCGGGAAACCUACCAGAACCUGCCGAAGCCACGCAAAGUGGACCGGGGUGGCUUCGGUCGCGCCCCGACUCGCGACUCUGAAUUUUUAGAGUUGCCGUCAUCCUCUGCACCAAACAUGACGGCGGUGCAACGCCAGGCAAGCGCCGGGUCUAGUGUGACAUCUAGCCCACCUCCGCCCAGACAUAGUGCACCCACUACUGUAGUAGACAGCCCAUCAGGGACUAGCGAGAGAAAGAUCAGCUUUGCCUUGGGAGGGGAUGAUGACUCCCAGCAUAGUAGCAACACAGAACUCAACAACGUGGAUCAACAAGUGGAGGAGAGAAAAGUGACCCCAGGUCGUAAGCAGAGUCGUGGGGGAUUGUUGCGCCGCCAUCCCGCCCCCUCCUCCCCAGCCCCAAGGGAUCAGCACAACCACAGCUUCCGCAAUCGUCACCGAAGCCGACCCGAUUCCUUGUUCGGAACACAGACUGGCUCCCAGGCCCAACCGGCGGCUGAUACUACACCGCAUGUUAAAUUCAGUGCCGAGAGUCAACCAACAAUCAUCGGCAUGUCUCAUGAAAACAGCGCCCCCGCAGAUGAGCACCCUGUGUUUGGCUUAGCUUCGUCGUUUUUGUCUUCUUUGCUGGGUCGUUCAGGCAGCGUCAAGAGCCGUAAGAUCAGCUCUAUCUCCGUGGAUGAUGACUCCACCGGUGAGACUAGCAGUGUCUUCAGUGAGCAGGUCAGCCCCCAGGAACCGGAGCAUGUCCCUGAGCUAGCCUCCACACCGGACACGGUGGGGUUGGAUGACAUCGAUCUCAGCAAAAACAUGCCGUGGAUACCGAUUAUUGUUGAGAUAGCCAGCAAGACCAACUUCAUCUGCAACCACCAGCGCUGCUGUCAUCCCAACUGCUUUGAGAGACAGAAACGUAACUGCUAUCGCCUGAUGAAGGCAGUGCGCUAUAUCUGUGGGGAGGAGAGUCUCCUCAGACCUAGGGAUGAUGACAUGGAUGAGAGAAUGAGACGAAUGGAUGGCAAAGGCAAACGCAAGGAGUCUGGUCAGGGUCAUUCCACCCUUCGUAGCUUCCGAGAGCUGAGACGAGAGAGCACCUCCUCUACCUUAGACCGGCAGGUCAGUGUCUUCAGGCAUCAGGCAGCCACGUCUACUAGCCGCACCAACUCGGCUGUGGCUCUGACUGGGGGCUCCUUCCCUAUGGAACUAGAAUGGCCCAAGAAGGAAGACUCGCCACAGCUCAAAUAUCUCAAAACGCAGGCAAUGUACCUGUGGCACAGUCCCCUAUCCCUCCUUGGCAAGGCAGCACCCAUUCUGACUGAAGACCUCUUUGCUGAUAUUCUGACAUUAGCCUGGGAGUUACUACUGGACAGCAGUCAGCAGCUUGCUGGCUCUGCAGCUGCCAUGGUACUGAUCUGUGCCGUCAAGAUCCCUGAGACUGUCAGUAAACUCAUCGCUGGAGAGAUGCAUCAUCAAGAAGCAGGCCAACGAGCUGAUGCUAUCCAGAGGUUUGCUGUUCUCUGGCGAUUCAGACAUCAAGUCUGGCCACGCAUGGAGGAAAAAGCUUCCUUGAUCUUCAGAGUACCACCACCCAGCAUUGACUUCACAGUCCCAUCACCCACCAUUGGGAUGUCCAACAUUGCCGUGAUUGACCCGCCCUGGAUGCCAUUCACGACCUCUGACCUAGAAGAGAAGGUGUCCACAGAAGAGGAAACGAGCAAAGCUGGUAUCUCUGCUUGGGCCUUCCUGACAGGAUUGUGCAAAAGAGCUGCCACUGAAUCUCAGCGCUCCUUUGCCGCUGUCGCAGUGUCGCGUACCACUCAGCGACGGGAACACAUCAAGAAGACACUCCUCCGUGAACAAGAGAAGAAGAGAGCUGCUCGAGAGACCUUCCACAUGACCAACGUACCCAUCCUAACCCAGGCAGCUUAUGAACCAUCACACCAUGUCACAUCAGAUGAUGAAGACGACACGCCCAUGCCCGUCACCGUUUCCAUGACAGCGCGACGGGUGUCCAUAGCCCCACCGGCCACCAUGGGGGCCGCCGCCGGCCUGAACCGGGGCCGGAAUUUGUCCAUUCGUCGUGCAUCUCUCUGGUCUGGGGGAGCGUCAACAGGCAACGCAUCAGGUGAUGACGAGGGUCUGAUCACUGAGCGUGCCCACCACAGCCCACCCACUUUUGGCGUGUUCUUCCCGUCAUGCGUCUGUACCACCAUUGUGCAUUUGGUGGCACUGUUGGAGGAUUCAGAGGUUAACAAGGAAGGAGUAGCAGUGUGCGAGGUUGCAGAGAAGGUAUUGUGGGCGUGUCUUGUGGAGGAACCGGCCCUGAUAUGUCGUUACAUACUGGAGAAGAUUACAGCCAAAAACAAACAGGAGGACUUGAUUUUAUUGAUGAAAAAGAUGGUAUCGCACUACGGUGAGCUGCCGGCACAGACUGCUCAUUGUCUCUUCAAUUACCUGCUUGGGUUUGUGGUGUAUCAUUGUCGUGCGCCACACGAGGGCGCCAAUGAAGCUAUCGCUAACACCCUGAGCGUUCUUUGGCACAUCAUUCCGUUCGUCUCAGGAAUCUCCUUCAAGGAUCUCAAGCAAACACUCAAGAAGGAACAAUGUGAUCCUACUGUGUUAAUCAGUGCUAAUGUGCCCUGUGCCAAGAAACUGAUUGUUCAUGGACCAAACGAGACAGACAUCCCAACUCAGCUGCCCAUCAGCGAGGACAUGCAGUUUGAGGAGAUCCAUCAGGAUUGUUUGGAAUUCUUCAAUAUUCCCAUCCAGGAGCACCCUGCACACUUCUUGGUGGAUAAGAAGACUAACCAGAUGCUGGAUGUGAAAUCCUACGUGAGGGAUUUCUAUGCAUAUAAACGCUCUCAGUGUCCUGAACUCAUACUCAAGAAAUUAGACCAGAUGGAGGGACUGGAACAACUUCAACAACAGGCUUUUACAUUGAAGAUAGCGGAGCUGGGUCGGGUAUACUUUGCACUGGCCACACUGAAGAGUACUCCCACUCAAAUGAUGAGUUCACACAUCACUUUCUUGCAUGAUGAGUUGAUCAGACUUCCUUCAUUCCCACGCAAGUCACUGGAUGCUGAGUUCCUCCUGUAUACCAUUCCUAAGCAGGGAAAGGAACUGUUUGGCCUAGAUGUCAUGCAUAAAUACAUGUGGGUCAAGUUCACAGCGGCCAUUUUCCUGAACAUGUCCAGCGACUUCUCCUGGAGUGGGGAUAUUCAGCUCUUCCUGAAUGUACUGAACGGUUGUCUGUUGCUUCACUGUCAAGAUAUCUCCUUGCUUCGUUUGUGCCUUUCAUCCUUUAUCAAUAUCUCACGGCACUUCAAGCAGAUGUUUGCUACCAAAGGGUUUCAGUACAUCAUGCCUACCAUCCUACGAGUCUAUAAUUACCACAACUCCAAUCCUCUUGUCUGCCGAGCCAUCGAGUACGUCUGUCGGCAGUUCUACGUACUCCACAUGAAGCCAUUUGUCCUUCAGUUGUUUGGGAGUGCAGCCCCGUUGCUACAAGGAGAAGAAGAGAUCAACCCACAGAAGAUUUCUCCCCGAUGCCUGUUCCGUCUCCUGCUUUCCAUGGAGAAAGACAGCAAGGAUUCCCUGGACAUACUGGAGUUGGUUACCGGUGAAAAACCAAUGAAGACGCUGGAUUUCUGCUACAGUAAUGAUCACUUGGCAACCUUCAGUAUUGCAGAGGCAAUACGCCUGUGUGCCAUAGUAGUGGCAUAUGCUCCUGAGUCUAUCCGCAGUGCACAGAUGCUGAGUGUUCUGGCAGACCUUGUGCCUCUCUACCUGGAACAUGUCAAGGAACAGACCAAGAAGAGAGACAAUCCCAGCGCUGCCAAGUCAGAGACCGCUGUCAUCAAUAGCAUGGGAGUCUGUAUCAAGUCACUCAUUAUAGGCGCUGAAACAUUGGCACGUAGCACAAGUGGUCCCAGCCGUAAGAUAGAGAACGUCAAUGCCACAACAAGCUUCAAGAGCUCCAAUAAUUCCCAGCAGAGCUCGGUGCACAAGGCUUCCCGUAAGUCAGCCAUGAAUGCUGCCGGGGCUGACCUCGGAGAAGAAGACAUGAGGGAAGAUUUCCAAUUCAGAUACAAUGAUUACCGGGUCCGGCGUCGGUAUGAGGAUGAUUCUGAGGAUGCAGAACCCAUGAAUGAGUUUUGCAAGCCGCGGGAUAUGCUGCUGAACAUAGCUGCUGGUUACUACUGCCAUAGCCUGGCUAGAUUGAAGGAACUACGACCACACAAUGAAUCCAGACAACACAGCUCCUCAUCAUCAUUAGAGCUACUAGACCAACGCUGCCACUUGAGGCUGGCUGAAGUGGCUCACACUCUGCUGAAGGUAGCCCCUCAUGACCCCAUCACCAUGGGCUGUAAGGGACUGCAGAUGUACAUCACUCAGAUGAUCCCACAGACUGACUGGACUAGCCAAGACCUCCGGCCAGCACUCAUACUCAUCCUGAAGAGACUGGAUAAACUCUUCAAUAAGAUCCACAAGAAACCAACACUCAUGCGUCACAUGGAUUGGGAGUCUGCAGCUAACUUUCUGAAAGGAAUCUAUGUGACCCUGACUAGGCAGAGUAUCAUUAGUCAUCUACCGCAUCUCAAGUCUCUGCUGAACAUCUGUCUAGCAUUGCUCCUGUGUGAUGGCUCAGCCCCUGGGGGUGGGGAUGGUCUGUCCCUGCUGACGAUGUCCUCUCCAUCAGGGGGUAUGCGCUUCACCCCACCACCGGUCUUCUGCUCAGCCGUGGUCAGAGCGGUGGCAAUGCAGAUGCAUUGCAUGAAGGAUCUGUACACCUUGGAGCAAGUGUUUGGAGGGACGCCUGUCUUCAACUCUGCGGAGAGGACUGAGACCAUAUUGCUGUAUCUGGUCAUUCCGCUGUGUCUGAGAGUGGGCUGUGGAAGGAAAGAUUCACCAAAGAUUCGGCCCUCGGACAUAUCAUUUGCCCUGACCAUGAUACUGUACGCCUUACUGCCACCCAAGCGUCAGCCUAGUAUGGAGGCAGGGAGGAGCGGGGCAAUGCCCCCCAAACAGCAGCAUCAUUACUCCUCCCUGACUGAUCUACCCAGUCAUACCAGUAUCUCCUACCGAGAUUCUAACUCGGUCAUCCCAGACUCGCUGUAUGAGGCAGGAUUCCUAGGGCUGAAGAUGAUGAUGGUGUGUUUUGAGAAUCAACUAUCACGUGAAUGGUUCCGUAUCGCCUCAGCUGUCAAGGAGCUGGGCUCAGGAAUGCUUGGUUCUGUGGCUCUGUGGAGUUUCAUGGACUUUGUCAUUACCGUCCGUACCCCCCUGUAUGUCAUGCUUAAACCCUUCAUUGCAUUCAAGAUGAUGAGGAUGAUUUGCGAGACAGAUCAUGAAGUCAUGUUGCAGCGCUACGUUGGGCAGAAACUACGCGUUACACACUCACCUCAGACUAAAUGCAAGUCAGAGACAAUGCUAGAACUAGUCAAUGAGUUACGUCAUCUCAGAGACAAUAUGUUUGUCCCUAGAGACCGUGUCAAGUUCACGGAUGAGUUAGCUGUCAUGACUGGUCAGAGAGCUCAGGUAUUUGAGGAGAUGGAGAUAACGUCUCCCUUCCAGCAACGUGGAUCUAUCAUCAGUCGUCUUACAAGGAAAGCCACCAUCACAUCUCGGCGUAGUUCCAGUCGACAGAGUUCUAGUCGUCGCAACAGCGCCCGUCGUCGUGGCUCUGUUCGUAGCUCAGACUCCGCCGACCACAAUGCCAAUAACUCAGACCAGCAACGAAGCUUGUCAAGAUCUAAUAGUGGGUAUGGGCGUAGGAGUAUCCGACACACCGAUACCUGUAUCGCUGAGGCAGAUGAUGAGAGAGAGGAAGAAGAAGAGAUGGGUUCACCCCUCCGUCCGUUCCAACGUCGACACAACACCAAGAGGAUCAGUCGUAGUACUAGCUCCCGUAGACAUGUACGGCCAGAGCCCCAUACUACAGAGGUUCAUGCAGCACAAGAAAAUGUCAAACACAUUGAUCCUUUGAUUGAGAAAUCUGAUGAUGACAUCGAUGAUGGAACCAAUGAGCAGAGCCUUCUCCUCCAGCAACCCACCUGCCCAAGGGAUCGUCAUGACUUCUCAGCCCCCAUGGCGCCCACAGACACUGAGGAUGAUUUGGAGGGGAUACAGGAGACAGUCAGGUUACUAGACAUGGCCAAGACAGUGGAUCCUACCAUUGUGGACAGGCGGGGUAGUACUGGGGUCCAUGAUACCUGCGUGUAGGUAAAUACUGUCAGUAAGGGGAUCCUCAGUUCAAGAUUUGAGAGAGUUGAGAGUUACAAUCUAGAAUUUCUAGAAGGUGAGGAAGUUAGCUCUAAAUAAUAGAAAACUCCUUUUGGGGCCAACCAUGAAUGUGAAAUAUCAAAGGAAAAAAGGCAGCAAUUCUUCCAAACACAACUAAAUGUUGAUAGGUACAAAUUCAUACCUGUACCUGACGUCUGGGGACUGCAAUCAUCGGAGCAAUUUAGGCUGGAAUCGGAUGUCAUUCCAGGAAAAUAAUACAACCUGCAGGGUCUGUUGCAGAAAAAGGAGAAUUUUUCCAUGUUACCAACGAUUUAAAAAAAAAUUAUCCAUAGAAUUAUAACCUAAUAAUAUGUACUUGAGCCAGUAGAAUAUCAGCAUCUUAGAAUAUAUCAGGCAGCUUCACAAUGUAGGUAUGUUGACAAAUAGUUGUCGCUUUAUUGAACAAAUCAGAAUUAAACUCCACUCUAAGCAAAUGUGUAAUACAAGAGUUGCUCAUGUGUGAUGAAACCUCCAGCAUUUAAAAAUAUAUUAAAUGAAAUUUGGAAUUUUAUGAGCUGCAUGUAUCCAAUAUCCAAAAAUUUACAUCAUUUCUGCUCUUAAAUCAUUUCAGCUCUUACAAUGUUAAACAUUUUUUUAGAAAUAGAAAUACUGGCUUAAGUACUACAAAACCUCCGCCCAAAAAAAUCAAUCAGCUGCAAUGAUUUUUCUUCAUAUCUUAACAUGUGAGAGCCGAAAUGCAGAAAAAUAGUUGUAUGAAUCAUAGAGUGCUUUAGCUUGAGGAGGCAAAGGAUUUGCCAUGACUUCUUAAGCAAUUUACAUCAGAAUCAUAACUUUAUUGAAUAAGACUUAUAAGACAAUCACUUGUCAAAUUGUCAUACAGAGUACAGAUCUGCACCAUUGUUUUAAUCAAAGAUCUUUUUGUGUGUGUAAAGUAUCAAGGAGGGAUGACUUAUUUAGCUUAUAUUUAUUGUUAAACAACAACAGUACAGUUGUAGUUGUGGUAAUGGAUUUUAAAAAGCUUGGAUUGUUUAAAUCCCCAUCAUCAUCAGUCGGUAUCGUCCCACUGCUUGGAAAAGGCCUGUCCCAUAGCAUGCCAUUUCUCCUUGUCUAUGGUAUAUCUCUUUCAGGCGGUUGUCCUGUUUCCACUAGAUCGUCUGCCCAUCUAGACCGAGGUCUCCCUCUUUCGUUUUACCAUAUAAUGGUUGCCCUGAUAAAUACUUUUGGGAAACCCACAGAAUAGCGGUGUGCAUUUACUGAUACUACAGGAACCGGGUACCCGAUUGAAAAAAACACAGGUACCCGGGUACUCGUUAAAGAAACCCAACGCCAAACAUGCCAAAAUUCAAAUUUUGGAAGUUGCUGUAGAGAUUGUUUACAAAGGUCUGCAUGAUAAAUACUACCGCAUCGGCUCAUCAAUACAGCAAGAUACAAGUGUGUACAGUGAGCUUUAUAGCUUUAUGAUGUAAAUUGCAGCUUUCGCGAGCGUCAUAAAUUAGAAAAUAUGUUUUUUUUUCCCAUGUGGCCUAGUUUUUUAUUAUUGUGAAAAUUCCCCACAAAUGACUUCACCUUUCUUUUUUAUUGUCUGAGAAGUAACUAAGUAAUUUGUAAAGUUGGUUACGGGUACCCAAUCCCAUACUCUAGAAGCAGUUCCUGACAUACCGGGUACCGGGUUUCGAUGCACAGCCCUACCACAGAAUCAGGUAGGAACUGCAUGAAAGCCAGUUGCACAUGUCAGGCUGGGUGGGAUUUGAAAUCGGGUCACAGUGGUGAAAGUAUCACUGUGCCAACUCCCUUCAACCUUGGUGCUUGUGGUCUCUGUUUAUUGAAGGAAAACUAUAUAUUUAUAUCAAACAUAAUUGGGCAGAUAAUGAUAAUCUACCACAUCAUAGAUGUCUAAUGUAUUAUGGUGCUUUGCUGAAUUGUAUAAAAUAGAUUAACAUUUGACGGAAAGUCACUGUAGUGUAAAUAGUGGGGAAACAAUUUAUUGAUGAGAGAUUUGUAAGAGAGUAUAUAAUGUAUUUAUUGGGUGAAAUGUUUGGCAAACUGCAGAAUAUUAGAUAGUAUUUUGAAUACCUGUGAGAUGUAAAUGGUUAACUGUUUGUGCGUUUGCCACUGGCUUUAUUGCACAUUGUGGCUGUAUAGAUGUUACACUGGUUUGCAUGCAGCGUUUAAACUUAAGCUAGCCACCUGCACCUAUGAUAAGUAUUCUAUUAGAAUUAUUGAUAAAAAGUAUGUUGGCAUAGUGGCUUAGGAUUGGGACACUGAUGUACUUUAGUCCAUCGUAAGUUGUUACAAGCCUCAUGUCCUCACAAAUCCUUACAAGUCUUCACAAGUCCUCACAAGUCCUCGCAAGUCAUCACAAAUCCUC